GGGAGUCUCUCUUGAGGAAGUUUCCUGGAAGGUCACUGAGCAUAGUGAUAGGAGCCAGACGACAAGGAUUUUCAAUGUAAAACGACGUAGCGCCAAUCACGAACGUCACUUUCUACACCAAAUCUUGAUACAAAAAUCCAUCUACUAAUUAUCUUCAAGAAUAUUAUAUUUAAACUUUAUCUUCUUCUGUGGUGACAUUUUGAUUAAUAAUAUUCUCUCAAGGCUAAUAUCUAUUCAGAGAGGAACAAGAAACUCCCAUACAUACACUCAAGGUUUCAAAGACCGCGAGGCACGAGCAAAAGGAGUUGAGAAUACUUUGGAGAUUACCUGUAAUGGUAGCUUCCACGGUGGAGGCCUUGAGCCCUGAAGACGGAGAGCGAGUCCCCUUCACAAGAGACAAACACUACGCGAUGCAUGGUGAGAUCUUGAUGAUGGUUCUUGUGGUAAGCUUCGCUGUUUUCCUCUUGUUCCUCGUCUUGCUUCCUUGUCUGAAGCGCCGUUACACUCACCACUCCGACGUGUCUGAAGAAGACGCUUCAUGGAGCGGAAGAGUUAAGCCAUCACCUGUUCCUGUUGUAGUAGUAAGCAUACAAUCGAUUUCGAAAUAACAAAAGCUUGUAUUGAGCUUCUAGUAACAAAAAUUUGUAGAAGCGCGCGUAUGUUAGUAGUCACUAUAUCUCUUCACUACA